UAGAAGCAACAUUUCAUAAAUUGAAUCUUUCUUUUAGCAGCGCCUGUACGCUGGCACGUGUGUGUUUUGAUUUGAUUUUUGAAAAACAUUCAUUCCAAGUUGAUUUUAUUAGUAUUUAAACAACUAGUAUAAUCAAUAAAUAAGACAUGGCUAAAUCCUUGCGUAGUAAGUGGAGGAGAAAAUGCAGGGCUGUAAAGAGAGAACGUUAUGGAGCUAAGGAAUUGGAGAAAUUGAAAAAAACAUUAGGUAUUGAUGAAAAUACACAUGCUGAUGCGGAGAUGCCUGAUAUAUCAGAAAUUGCAACAGUCACUGAUGCCAGAACGAUAAAGGAGAAAUCAAAAGAAAAGAACAAGGCAGCUGAAACUGAAGUAAUGGAACAGGAUGGAGCAAGAGUUUAUAACAAAAAGACCAUGCGUGAUCAAUACGGCAAUUACCCAGUCUGGAUGAACAGACGUAAGAUAUUGAAACACAAGAAAGGCAGAGCAAAAGCUAAGAAAGCAAGUGAAACACGAGGAAAGAGAUUGACCAGAAAGGAGAAAAAAAAUAAAACAAGCAAGAAGUAAUUUAUCUUUAUUGAUACACUACAGAUAUAUCAAGAGACAAAAAGUAAUUUGCAUAUUAAUGUUUAUCUUGUAUUAUUAAUAACAGUCUUGAAGACUUAAUAUUUUGCAAUGCAAAGUAGAUCGUAUAGAUUUCAAAGCAUUAAACUUAGGUCUUUUGAGAUAACAAGAUAAUAUGUAUAUUUUUCAGUACAAAAUGUACGACUAUUUCAUAUUUCAUUGCAAAGCUAUAUGUGAAUUCAAUGAAUAAACACUGACAUCCAACAAUACGAUACUUUACAUUAUAAACUUGUAAAUACAGGAAAUACAAUAUUGCAGUGACGCUGGCACAGUUUUGUCGACGGACUAAUAUUGUAGUGAGCUUUCCUCUCGUGUAAGAAUAAAAUACAUAGACAAAUGUGA